AUGGCAACGAGAAGAGUCCAGAGUCCAUCUCAAAAUUCUACUAGAAAAUAUGAUGGUUAUGAAUAUCAAUUGAUACCGGUUGAAAUUCCAAAAGAUGCAGAAAUAGGUCUUGUUGUUGGUCAUAUUGAAGGUCAAAGUUGGGUAUUUAUCGAUGAAAUUCUGCCAAAUGGAAUGAUCGAUAUGCAUGGUGUUCUUAAAGAAGGUGAUUAUUUAAUUCAAGUUGGAAUUUACAGUCUUACUAACGUUAAUAUCACAACAGCUUUAUUACUCAUUGAACGUGCUUAUGAUGAUGGACGAAAUGUAAAUUUUAAUUUAUAUUCUAAUUAUUUCAUAGAUUUAUUUUCUUUAGACUUUAUCAUUUGUUGCUGCUCGUCAAGAAAAAUCGAAUGUUAA